AUGGGUGUUGUUGAUAAAGAAAUUGCACUCGUUACUAUUGUUUUAUGUAUAUCUGUUGCUUAUUUCAUCCUUGUUUUUAUAAUCUUUUUCAUUUGUAUUCGAUUUCAGCCACAUCGAUUCAUUCAAUCACAUAAAGUAUGCACAUUUGAAGAAACGCAUUCUUCAUACUUGGAUUGCUCGAUGAUCGCAAAAUGUUGUCCAUGUCCAAUUUUCAGUUUUCGACAAUUCUUGAAAUCUUGUUGCUGUGAUUCGGAGAAAUUGCGACGUAAUGUAAACUGUGAAUGCAUACGACCAACUAUCCAUGGUUCACAAAGUACUGAAGGUUUAAACUUUGUUUGUUGUCAAGUUAUUGGUAACAAUUAG